UUCUUAGUAACUAAGGUAUAGAGAAAAAAAGAGCGUCGCUGAGACGUAACAAUAUAGUUUCGUGUGAAAUCAUAUGUAAUCAUGAUCAUAUAAUAUGAUUCGUACACGCAAAUUGUCUACGAUGCGUGAAUCUAUCACUUAGGAUUUUACGCUCGAAAUCUGAAAUUAUGCAGAGUCUGACCAAGUGUUCGAGGCGGCAUUAUGUAGCGCCUAGUCGGAUAUUCCAUUUCUCAUCGAAAAAUUUUUAUCUCCCGAGGGAGAACGUCCUGCUUGACGUCAAAUACUCGAGUUGUGCGCAUAGGUUAUCUCUUCCCGUUUCUUAUCACACCUACAAGAAGAUACGUAAAGAAUUUCAUGCUGUACAGACUGCAUUCUUGCAUGGCAGCAAGUUUAAUCUUUUCCCAAGAAUCGAUAAUGUCAGAUAUUUUAAUACAACAUGUAGUAACUUCAAUAAGCAAUCUUCAAAGGAAUCUGGUUCCGAAAAACCAGACAAGGAGCCUGAUAAAAAUGAAGAGAUGAGAUUAUUACUUCGUAAACUUACUAUGUGGUUUUUAUUAAUAUAUGUUUUCUUGAUCGCAUUAAGGCAACAGAUAGACACAUCAAAUAUAGAACCUGCAGCUUCCAUCUCUUGGAAUGAAUUUGUGUACCAUAUGCUGAGCAAAGGAGAAGUUGAAGCAAUUAUUGUGAAUCCCACUAUCGAUCAUGUUAUAAUUGUAGUGCACGAUGGUGCAAUUAUCAAGGGAAGAAGGAGCCCUUAUAAAAGAUAUCAUAUGGCUGUUCCAAGCAUUGAGAAUUUUGAAGAAAAGUUGAGAAAAGUGGAGAAAGAUCUUGGCAUAAAAGCUGGCCAAGGAGUACAAGUGAUUUACGAAAGAAAAAUAGAAUAUAUAGCGAGUAUCAUGAGAUUCUUGCUUAUCGCACUAGUGACUAUUGGUAUCUUUAGUUUAGUGAGAAAACGUUUCUCUUUUAAACCCUUUGAGAUUAUUUCGCAGAUGAAACAAGCAAAAUUCACGCUAGUCGAGCCGUUAAUGGGGAAGGGUAAAGGUGUACACUUUGCAGAUGUGGCAGGACUGAAGGAAGCUAAGAUAGAAGUAAUGGAAUUUGUUGAUUAUCUCAAACAUCCGGAACGUUACAAGACACUUGGCGCUAAAGUGCCACAAGGCGCAUUGCUUUUGGGGCCUCCCGGCUGCGGUAAAACGUUGCUGGCUAAAGCUGUGGCGACCGAAGCGAGUGUUCCCUUCCUAUCCAUGAAUGGCUCUGAAUUUAUUGAAGUCUUCGGUGGUUUGGGUGCCGCUCGAGUUAGAGAUCUGUUCAAAGAGGCGAAAAAAAGAGCACCAAGUAUCAUAUACAUCGAUGAAAUUGAUGCAAUUGGCAAAAAACGUUCAGACAGCUCGCUUGGAAUCUCCAACAGUGAGUCUGAACGAACGUUAAAUCAGCUUUUAGUGGAGAUGGAUGGAAUGAUAGCAAAGGAGGAUGUUAUUAUAUUAGCUUCAACAAACAGGGCGGAUGUAUUGGAUAAAGCGUUACUGAGACCCGGCAGAUUCGAUAGACAUAUCUUGAUCGAUCUCCCCACUUUAGAAGAAAGACAACAAAUAUUUGAAACUCACCUCAAGAAGAUAUCUUUACGAAGCGAGCCUUCAAAAUAUUCGGGAUAUUUAGCUUAUCUUACACCCGGAUUUAGUGGCGCUGAUAUUGCGAACGUUUGCAACGAAGCAGCGUUGCACGCCGCGAGAGACAAAAAGAAACAGGUCGACAGCAGCGAUCUCAUGUACGCAAUUGACAGAACGAUCGGUGGUUUGACGAAGAGAAACAAUCCGUUGACUCCGUCCACGAAACGCGUCGUCGCCUACCACGAGGCCGGUCACGCGCUAGUGGGCUGGUUGCUGGAACAUACAGACGCGUUACUCAAAGUAACAAUAGUACCGCGAACUAAUCUUAGUCUGGGAUUUGCACAAUACACUCAAUCUGAUCAGAAACUUCACAGUGAAGAGGAACUUUUCGAACGAAUGUGUAUGAUGCUGGGUGGACGAGUAGCAGAAUACAUAAUAUUCGAUAAGAUCUCAACAGGCGCCGAAAACGAUUUGAAGAAAGUGACGAAAACGGCGUACCUUCAAGUCCAACAAUUUGGAAUGAGUCCAGCCGUGGGCUUAGUUUCUUUCAAUGAAGAAUAUACUGAUCCGAAAAAUAAGAAACCAUAUAGUAGGAAGUUGGCGAAUCUAAUGGAUGCAGAAGUGAGGAGAAUAAUAGGAGAAGCAUACGAACGAACUCGGCGAUUACUUUUGGAUAACAAAGAUAAAUUGGAUAAACUCGCUGAAGCAUUAUUAGAAAAGGAAACGUUAACAUAUGAUGAUGUGGAAAAAUUAAUCGGGCCGCCGCCGUUUGGGAAGAAACGACUUGUAGAACCAGCAGAAUUUGAAAAAUCUGGUCCAGCCAGAGAAUCUCCGUCGAUAGACAGAGCAACGAUAUAGUAAAAAAUAAUACGUUAAAUAUGUUUUGUAGAUAUUUAUACUGUAUAAAAAAGGAAAGAAGAUUAAAAUGAUAAAAUGUCACAAUAUUAAAAAUAUUAAUUUUUUUCGUAAAUUAUUUGAAACACUUGUAAAAUGUUUUUUUGCCAAUAUACACAUACAUAUCAUA